CAGCGCGGCGCCUAAGGGAGCGCUGGCUUCAGAGAGGAAUCGAGGGACUGGGGUCUGUGCCCCCGCACCCCCGUUCUCCGGCCGCGUCUCCCAACCCCACAGACACAUUCUUGGGGGUUUCUGAGCUUCGGUUGCUCUGUUUUCCUGUGACACGAUGUUCCCUCUCUCUGGCUGUUGGAGGACUGAACUGUUACUGUUGCUACUCCUGGCUGUGGCUGUGAGAGAAUCCUGGCAGAUAGAAGAAAAAUCGUGUGACCUGGUAGGAGAAAAGGAUAAGGAGUCAAAGAAUGAGGUGGCUCUCCUGGAGAGGUUACGGCCACUGUUUAACAAAAGUUUUGAGAGUACUGUGGGCCAGGGCUCAGACACUUACAGCUAUAUAUUCAGAGUAUGCCGGGAAGCUGGCAACCACUCCUCUGGCGCAGGCCUGGUCCAGAUCAACAAAAGUAAUGAGAAGGAAACGGUGGUUGGGAGAAUCAACGAGACUCACAUCUUCAAUGGAAGUAACUGGAUCAUGUUGAUAUAUAAAGGGGGUGACGAAUAUGACAACCACUGUGGCAAAGAACAGCGCCGUGCAGUGGUGAUGAUCUCCUGCAAUCGACACACACUCGCGGGUAAUUUUAACCCAGUGUCUGAGGAACGCGGCAAAAUCCAGGAUUGCUUCUACCUCUUUGAGAUGGAUAGCAGCCUAGCCUGUUCACCAGAGGUCUCACACCUCAGUGUGGGCUCCAUCCUCCUUGUCAUAUUUGCAUCAUUGGUUGCUGUUUACAUCAUUGGGGGUUUCUUAUACCAGCGACUGGUAGUGGGGGCCAAGGGGAUGGAGCAGUUUCCUCAUCUGGCCUUCUGGCAGGAUCUUGGCAACCUAGUAGCUGAUGGUUGUGACUUUGUGUGCCGUUCCAAACCCCGCAGUGUGCCUGCGGCCUAUCGUGGCGUCGGGGAUGACCAGCUGGGGGAAGAGUCAGAAGAAAGGGAUGACCAUUUGCUACCAAUGUGAUUGCACUUUUCAUGUCCAGCCACCUCUUCAGUCCCCAAACCAAAGCAUCCUCAGCAGACUUCUCGAGCAGUCUCCCCCUCUCACCUCGCCAUUAAUAUUCUUGCUUUCCAGUUGGCUUUGAUUUGACACUAACCUGCCUCCCUUUGCUCCUAUUGUUUUUCCUCUGCACUAGUACAGUGGAAGGCAGACAGACAUAGGGCCUGUGCUGUGGGGAGGCAGACUCCUAUACCCCAGGAAGAGAAAGGACAGCUAACUAGGCAGAAAGAAAGCCAUGAGCCCUGGCUGUAAACAUUUCCAUAAAUUGAGACACUGGGUUCUUUGCUCGUACCUUUGGUUGCCUCCCUCAUGUUGUCCCUGUCCCCGCAGUAGUCCCAGGAUCUGAGUGUAACUCGCAGGUGCUCUGCAGGACUUCUUACCUGGCUGUCACCCAAAUACUCCCGUUUGCUUUGAGCCUGCAAUUAGUCACAUGAUUGUCCCUUGUGUGGGAUUAGGACAGGGAAAAAAAUGUGAACUUUCCCAACUUGAGGAUUCUAAGGCGCCAUCACGUUGCUUAUAGGUCUUUGAGUGGCUUGAUAGUUUGAAUUGGGCCCUAGGCUGCGGUUAUAAAUCCAUAGGUAACCCAAAUGCCUAACCAAGUAGUCCUUUCUAAUUACACAGACUGUGUCACCUUGUGGUAGUCUCGCUAGCCAGCCUUAUUCUUCCUCCUCUCCCUACUGGUACUUGCAAACCUGAGUUGUACUUUUCUCACAGGUCUGUAGUUUGGCUUUUUAUACUUUCCCCAAUCUUAAAGGAAGGGAAUGGAAGCAGAAGUGGACGUGGAGGCUCUGCAGGUCUCUGCUAUGGUGGGGACACUGCUGCACCUGUCCCUCCUGCUGGCUCAGGGAAGUGUCUGACCCACUUAUCUAUGGAAAAGGUCUUUAAUCCUCUAUUUCUUUGUGUUUAAGCCAUGUGCCCAGAAUCCCAGGCUGGUCUUUCUAAAAUAGUGAAUUCCUAGGCCACUAGGUAACAACACAGUUCAUCUGAACACAGGCGAUGUGGAAAAGGCAGGGCCAUUUGUUCCCUUUAGAGAAAAUGAAUGACGUUAUUCCUACUUCCCAAUACCCUUGCAAUGGCAAUGGAAAUUUUGUUUUCUUUCUAUACAGGAAAAAUAAUGUUAUUUUUAAAAAGGCUUCUCAUUUGUUGUUUGCAUUCUAACCCCUGUGGUUUUAAAGGAAAAAUAAUAUACCACUUUUGUACAAAACCAAUAAUUAAAAACAUAAAAAACA